GUCAGAAAAAAACCACUAACCCCACCCAUAUCUGCUGGAGAGAGAGAGAUGUGUUCUUCUCAGACUUCACACCAGGGAAAAAAAAGACGUUUUAUUUUAAACAGAUGUGAGAAAAUUAAACCCAAUAUUUUUAAAGUAUUUUUAGUGGCAUAUGAUAUCAUCUGAUUUCAUAUUUUCUACCCAGGGAAAACAUGCAUUUUUAAAACUGUGAAGCCACGCUCCAUGCGUGUACUUAUACGUGAUAAGUUACAGAUAAACACAUGGCAGAACUCCGUGACAUGUUGGGUGAAAACCUAGGGAAGAAAUGUGGUCUUUGAGUAGGAAAUGGAAUGAAAGGACAGGAGCUGUCUUCGGCUACCACUCGAGGCUGUCAUUUCUGGAGGUGGCCUUCAUUUGUGGUAGCAUUUCCCGGCAGGAUUCCAGCUGGGUGCAGGACAAGGAUUGCUCUUGUGAUCCCCAAAAAAAGAGUCGCCUUAUGGAUCCCAGCAGUCACUCAAUUACUCAGGGUACCAGCGUUUAACCAGCCAGGCCCUUCCUUCUUUCUAGUAGUCUAUUCCAGUGACAGAUACCCUGGCACAUAUUCCGUUCCUAGCACCCAGGUGCUGCUGGGUUUCCCUGGAUCUCAGAGUCACUCCCAUCCUCUAGAACUGGCUGAUAGGGGCCCAAGAUGACCCUAAAUUGACCAGCCGCUUACUCCCUCACACGUUCCUCAGGACAAACUCAAGCAUGCAGCUUAUAUCCUGGAACAAGAGCGUAGUCAUCAAUGGCUUUGCUCAGACAGUCUCCAAAUCUUGUCCCCCGCCUGAAACAGAGAUCUGUCCAAAACCGUUUAAAGGUUUCCAAGGAGCAACAGAGAGCCAAUGUUGUUAUCAAGGCUCCCACUCUCCCUGGAUUUUGUUUAGGAAAUAGGAAAGAGGCAGGCACCCACCGCUGCCAGCACCUCUGAUGCCUCAUCUAGCGGAGUCCCUGCUGCCCCCACCUUAAGGGAUGUUAAGAGUAAAGUUACUGUUAUCACAGCGUCCUGGGUACAUUGGAACACCGCUGGAUUAACUGUCAUUUCAGACCAAAAUCUCUAGCACCACCCCCUCAGGAGCACAGAACAUUCUGGGUAAAACGCCCCCAGCCCUGCCCCUUUACUCCUUGGUUAAGUCCUCCAGGGUGGGCGAGACUUGGAGAGGGGAAGAUUGGGGUUGAAGACGCUGUGCCAAGGCACAACACUCUGCCAAAACGCUUGUCAGACACAACAGUUUCCCAGGACCACGGCCACCUUCCUUUUUUCGAGAGUGUCUAUUCCCGGUUUUACCCUGGAACCUUGGAAUGGUUUGGGGACCAAUGAGGUGGCAGCGGUUGAUUCAUGGAUCGCGGAAAUUAUGAGUAUUUGACCUUACUCAAAAUGUACAAAGAAGAAUAAUGGAAGCCCCUGAAUACCUUGAUUUGGAUGAAAUUGACUUUAGUGAUGACAUUUCUUACUCAGUCACAUCUCUCAAGACCAUCCCAGAACUGUGCAGAAGAUGUGAUUCCCAAAACGAGGACAGAUCAGUUUCAAGCACUAGCUGGAACUGUGGUGUCUCAACUCUCAUUUCAAACCCACAAAAGCCCACUGGAAUCGCUGAUGUCUACAGUAAGUUCCGCCCAGUGAAGCGCGUGUCUCCGCUGAAACAUCAGCCAGAGACGCUGGAAAACAAUGAAAAUGAUGACCAAAAGAACAAUACAGUAGAGUACCAGAAAGGCGGGGAGACUGACCAGGGCCCCCAGCCCGAGGAACUCAGCACUGAAGAUGGAGUCAGGGGGUUGCCAGGUAAGGGCUCCGAGCCCAGCCAGGCACUGGGCGAGCUGGAGCAUUACGACCUUGACAUGGAUGAGAUUCUGGAUGUGCCUUACAUUAAAUCCAGUCAACAGCUGGCUCCCUUCACUAAGGUGUCUUCAGAGAAAAGGAUUUUGGGCUUGUGCACAACCAUCAAUGGCCUUUCUGGUAAAGCCUGUCCUAUUGGAAGCUCUGAGAACUCCACACCCAACAUGACUCCAUUUUGUGUUCUUUCUCCUGUGAAAAGUCCUCACUUGAGGAAAGCAUCGACCGUCCUCCGGGACCAGCACAAGCUCUGCACAGAAGACUCUGAGAGCUUACCUGCUCUGGGUAAAUGCGCCCCUGCGUAUGAGUCCGAGAACCACAGUAAAGACUUCCUGAACAAGGCUUUUAGUGAUCCUCAUAGUCGAAAAAUUGAGAAGGCAGGGCCAGACUGCAAGCUCAGGGCCUUCCACCUGCAGUCCUCGGCAACAGGGGCCAAACCGGAAGAGCAGGUCAAUGGCAUGAACUGGACCAACGCCCAAGGCGCAGAAGAAAGGAGUGAGAACCUGAAGAAAGUAAGAAGCAUACUGAACAUUGUGAAAGAAGGACAGAUAUCACUCUUGCCACACCUAGCUGCAGACAAUCUGGACAAAAUUCACGAUGAGAACGGAAACAAUCUGUUACACGUUGCUGCGUCGAAGGGGCAUGCAGAAUGUCUGCAGCACCUCACAUCUCUGAUGGGCGAAGACUGCCUCAAUGAACGGAACGCAGAGCAGCUGACUCCAGCGGGUCUGGCCAUCAAGAAUGGCCAGUUGGAGUGUGUGCGAUGGAUGGUGAGCGAGACAGAAGCCAUUGCAGAAUUGAGUUGCUCCAAGGACUUCCCAAGCCUUAUUCAUUAUGCAGGUUGUUAUGGGCAGGAGAAGAUUCUCCUGUGGCUUCUUCAGUUCAUGCAAGAACAAGGCAUCUCACUGGACGAAGUGGACCAGGAAGGCAACAGUGCUGUUCACGUCGCCUCCCAGCACGGCUACCUUGGAUGCAUACAGACCCUGGUGGAGUAUGGAGCAAAUGUCACUAUGCAGAACCACGCUGGGGAAAAGCCCUCCCAGAGUGCUGAGCGGCAUGGGCACACCCUGUGCUCCCGGUACCUAGUGGUAGUAGAGACCUGCAUGUCACUGGCCUCACAAGUGGUAAAGUUGACCAAGCAGCUAAAGGAACAGACAGUGGAGCGUGUCACACUGCAGAGCCAACUCCAACAACUUCUAGAAGCCCAAAAAUCAGAGGGCAAAUCACUCCCUUCUUCACCCAGCUCACCCUCCUCACCAGCUUCUAGAAAGUCCCAGUGGAGAAUCUUAGAUGCAGAUGAUGAGGCUACAGGCAAGAGCAAAACAGGAGCCCAGGAGGGAAUACAAGUUCUCGGAAGCUUAUCAGCAUCCAGCAGGGCUAGGACCAAAGGAAAAGAUGAAGACUCCGAUAAAAUCCUACGUCAGUUAUUGGGAAAAGAAAUCUCAGAGAAUGUCUGCACCCAGGAAAAGCUGUCAUUGGAAUUCCAGGAUGCUCAAGCAUCUUCCAGGAAUUUGAAAAAAAUUCCCCUGGAGAAGAGAGAAUUGAAGCUAGCCAGGCUGAGGCAGCUGAUGCAGAGGUCAUUGAGUGAGUCUGAUACAGACUCAAACAACUCUGAAGACCCCAAAAAUACUCCUGUGAGAAAAGCAGACAGGCCCAGGCCACAGCCCAUUGUGGAAAGUGUGGAGACUAUGGACAGCGCAGAAAGCUUACACCUGAUGAUAAAGAAACACUCCCUGCCAUCCGGACGCAGGUUUCCUUUCAGUACAAAGGCCUCUAAAUCCCUGGACGGGCACAGCCCAUCUCCCACUUCAGAGAGCAGUGAACCAGACUUGGACUCCCAUUGUCCAGGCUUGGGGCUGACUCCUCCCACCCAGCCUUCUGCAGACCUCACUCAGUCCAGUCCUGACAGUUCCACUGCCCAGAAAGUUGCCACAAGCCCCAAGAGUGCCCUCAAGUCUCCAUCAUCCAAGCGCCGGACAUCCCAAAACUCAAAACUCAGAGUCACCUUUGAGGAGCCUGUGGUGCAGAUGGAGCAAACUAACCUUGAACUAAAUGGAGAAAAGGACAGAGAUAGGGGCAGGGCCCCCCAGAGGACUAGUGAGCCAGGGGAACAAAUGAAAAGACCUUUUGGAACCUUCCGAUCCAUCAUGGAGACUUUAAGUGGUAAUCAAAACAACAAUAACAACUACCAGCCAGCCAGCCAGCUGAAGACCUGCACACUGCCCUUAACAUCACUUGGAAGGAAGACGGCAGAUGCCAAGGGAAACCCAGUGAGCCCUGCUAGCAAAGGAAGGAAUAAGCCCGAGGUGUACAGCAGCUGUAUCCACCUUCCCUCUAACGUGCUGGUUGAAGAACAUCUGCGUGGCUAUGCAUGGCAUAAUGACAUCAAGAGAAACACGAAGAAAACCUACGGCAGAAAGCACGAUGCUGAGUCAGAAUCAAAGGAACUCUUCUUAUAGAUCACUUGUUAUAAGUCUUACGCAUGCCGUCCGGCCACCACCGGGAGUUCCUGGAGACGGCGGCAAUAAGACCACGGAAACAAACACCUCACCAGCAGAGCAGAAUAUCUGGAUGCCUUAAAUUUAUAUCUGAGACUUGUCAUAAGAUACAUUUUGGACCAUAUCUGUAUAUAGAACUUUGUUUUUUAUGAUGCUAUUUGAAAACAUGAUUGGGCAAUGUGUGCAUUGAAACAUUUGCUGUUUGGCUGGUUCAGCCUUCUCGAUGCACAUCCCCCAGGCUCUGACACGGCUGAAGUCCUGUCAAUUGCAUGAGGAUUUGCUAGUGUUGAUUGAUAUUUCCUUCCUCCAUAACAAAAGCAGCUUUGGCUCAGCUCAGUGAGUCUAGGUCACUGGUAUUAUUUUCUGUCAAGAGUGUGUUUUUUUUUCCCUGUCAUUUCUACUUUUUUAAUAAAGAAAAUAAAAGAUUGUUAAUAGCCACGUAUGAGUACGGGGCAUCAACUUCCUGUUAAAUCU